CUGGCAGCAGUCACUACACUAUGCUGCUUGUUGACAGCUAGCUAGCUAGCCAGCUAGCAGUUACUAGCCAAGGCUUUGCAGUCGGACCAGGGGUGGGUGGUGGUGGGGGGGUUAUGUUUCACGGAGCCAGAACCGUAGACGGAGGUUUGGACACCACCAACUCAUGGCUGCCGAAAUUCAACCUCAACCCCAGGCUCGGAAGCCAUGUCUACUCAGCAAAAUCGAGGCUUUCCAGGACGUGGUGAGCACGGCGGUCAUCAUUCCCAAGGAAGACGGCGUCAUCAGCGUGUCCGAGGACAGGACAAUUCGGGUAUGGCUAAAGAGAGACAGUGGCCAGUACUGGCCCAGUGUCUACCACACUAUGUCAACAUCAUGCUCCUGUAUGUCCUUUAACCCAGAGACAAGGAGGCUGUCCGUGGGGAUGGACACUGGAAGUAUCUGUGACUUUAUCCUGUCAGAAGACUACAAUAAAAUGACCCCAGCAAGCACCUACCAGGCCCAUCAGGGUAGAGUGACUGUGGUCCUGUUUGUGUUGGAGAUGGAGUGGCUUCUGAGCACCGGUCAGGACAAAAAUUUUAACUGGUACUGCUCAGAAAGCGGCCAGCAGCUUGGGACGUAUCGCACUGCUGCCUGUGUUUCUGGACUACAGUUUGAUGUGGAGACCAGACACGCCUUUGUAGGGGACCAGUCUGGUCAGGUGACCAUCCUGAAACUGGAGCAGGACAGCUGCAGCCUGGUCACCACCUUUAAGGGUCACACUGGUAAUGUGACGGCGUUGUGCUGGGACCCGGUCCAGAGGGUGCUGUUCUCCGGCAGCUCAGACCACUCCAUUAUCAUGUGGGAUAUCGGAGGGCGCAAAGGCACUGCCAUCGAAAUGCAAGGACACCAUGACAAGGUGCAGGGCUUGUGCUACGCCUCACACACUCGUCAGCUCAUCUCCUGCAGCUCAGAUGGAGGCAUCGUCAUCUGGAGCAUGGAUGUUACACGACAAGAGACCCCCGAGUGGUUGGACAGUGACUCCUGUCAGAAGUGCGAGCAGCCUUUCUUCUGGAACUUCAAACAGAUGUGGGACAGCAAGAAGAUCGGCCUGCGACAGCACCACUGCAGGAAGUGUGGCCAGGCCGUGUGUGGCAAAUGUUCAUCCAAACGGUCCACCAUCCCCCUCAUGGGCUUCGAGUUCGAGGUGCGUGUGUGUGACAGCUGCCACGAGUCCAUCACCGACGAGGAUCGAGCGCCCACAGCCACCUUCCACGACAGCAAGCACUGCAUCGUUUACAUGCACUAUGAGCCCACCACCGGGAAUCUGCUCACUUCUGGCACCGACAAGGUUAUCAAGCUAUGGGACAUGACUCCGGUGGUGUCCUGAGAUCUGUGGGCGACCAGCGGUUGGCAGGAAACUCUGUUCGCCUCUGUUUGCCAAUCGCACUUUGAAAAGAAAGAGAGAAGCAUAUCCAACAAUAUUGAUGUCAUCGGGAUAAUAUUUAACAGUUAUUCAACAAAAAAGCAGUGUCUGUUGCCCGUUCAUAGUGAGGACACUGCAGGCCGGUGAAGGCUGGGAACAGGACAGGCCUUGGUUGACACAAGGUUUACAGACAGUUGUGGGUGUUUGUUUGUGUGAAGGGUGCUGUUUGGUGGGGGAUAUCUGUGUGUGUGUGUGUGUGUGUGUGUGUGUGUGUGUGUGUGUGUGUCUGUCUGUAUUGUAUAAGAGUGUGUUGGUAGGUUGGAAGAAUUUGACUUUUUAAGGAAUUGACACACCUUAUUUACUUAAUUUUCAUGCAUUCCUGAAGCAUUUCAGACUGGAAACUCACAAAACAGUAAGUGAAACAUUUCUGCACUGUCAGUGGAUACUGUGAUACCCACACUUUACAUUGUGUAGAUGUGAAGCACGUCAUAGAACUGGACUAACUCACUCACAAGCUCACUCAUUCACGUGUAGCAGGCUGUAGUUUUGCCACAUGAUGAAGCUGUUUGAGCAGUUCUACACCUGCCAAGCUGCACCACCUACAGGAAAAGAAAGUAACAGCAGCAGUUUAGACUUGAGUUGCAUUUUUUUUUGCAUUCUUUAUCCCUUGAAGAGCACUUAUCAACUGCUGUUGAAGGUCAAGAAUUAACUUAAACUCACUGAAUCUAGUUAGGACCGCCUCUUUCUGCCUGUAAAGUAAUGCAGAGGUUAGUCAUGGAGGACAGUGACAUUUAGAGGAGACAAGUUUUAUAUUUCAGUCAUGUUUAAAAUGUAAAAUAUGAAACCUGUAAACAAACAGACAAAACAGCACUUAUACACACACACACACACACACACACACACACACACACACACAAGCUGCAGUUGUUGCCUGCAGGUGUUGACACUGUUGCAGUGUUGCAAGCUGUUGCAGGUCUUGGCCGUAGAUGGUGCUGAUGAGCAUAUUUACAGUCUAUCUGCAGCUCUUGCAUGCUGUUACUUUUCUUGCUAAUGGGUGGCAUAGGUUGGACUGAAACCACAUCUCUGCAACUGUAUAUCACCAGCUGAUCCUGGUUUCAUGUGCUUCACAUCACCUACACUGUGUGUUCUUGUUAUCAUGUUAAGAAGCAAACAAAUCACUCAAUCACACAGGUCAAACUUAGAUCAGUAACAUUUGAUUGGGCACAAUUUCAGCUCCAGCCCAUGAGACACUGAGGAAACUAUUCAUUCAUGUUCCUUAAAUAAGUCCGUUACUUGAGUGUCUGUCGGCUUCUGCACUUCAUAUCAACCACUAGAGAAGAGGACCUAGGAGACAUUGCAAGCAUUUUUAAUCUACACCUAUCCUGAAUCCUAUCCUAAAUGUAAAUCCCAGCAUGGUGGAAGGCCCCAAAAGUUAAAAAAAAUAGUAUGGCACGUCUUUUUGAAACUGUAAUUUAGUUUCUACUGUACUCACAGUGAGCCAGGUGUAUAUACAGCAUGGAAGCCUCUAAACUGCAUGUUAUCUGAAAAUCCAUGCAGGUUUUUUCUAGUGUUUGGCUGAUCAACCAAAUGUUCUCUCUCCUAGUAGCUACUAAUGUUGAUACACCCAGUCCACUGAGUGUUACAAAAAAUUGUAAAUAAAGCAAUCAUCUUAACCUUACAAAGUUGGUCCUGCAGCAAAACAUUGUUCAGACCCACAGAACUUUAUUUGUAUUCUAGGAGACACUCAAAAUAUGUCAGGCUAAAAUUUGGGGAAAGGUGGACAUGGAGUCUUACAGUAUACAGCUUCCAUAUCCUCAUAUGGAGUAUAUCUGAAACUGUCAACCUCUGUGGGGAAAAGUUUCAUCAGCUCAAAGAAAAUGUAAGGGGAAAAUGAAAAGUUUAAGAGGUUAGCCAGUUACAGAAGACAUUGAUUUUUAUUGAAGACCUUUGUCAUGAUAAUGUCGUAAAACACAGUGUUUGCCUAAAUCCACUGAAGUGCUGAGUAGACAUUUCAAGGUUUAGUAAUCUUUAAAUCAACCAAUCAGACUGCUUGCUGAUUCUUCUCUACUGUCUGUUCUAUGAGAUUAUCUAUUAUUCAAAGUGUGGUCUCAAUAUUUCUGACAUGCAAACUCUCAUAUCAUUACGCUAAUCAGUGGCAGCAUGCACAUACAUUUAUAAGGACUAAAAGGAAAAUAAUGAACAGUUGAUAUUUUCUCAUCGUUACUGUCAAUACUGUAUACUGACUUGUGGUAUGUCAAAGCACUGGAAUCAAGAAACAAAGAUGUGUCACAAAUUGCUGCUGUGAAGAGAAAAUAUCUUUGUUUUUAAUGAUUAUGAAGUGUGUGCUUUAAUGAUCAGAUGGUAACUACAUUGAAUAGUUUUAUUCAAACCACACUAAACGUUUUCCAAAGAUGUGUAAUUUUUGAUUGAUGAAAAGGUUAGGUUCAAGACUUUAUCCAACAGUGGGGAAAUUAGAAACUGUCGGCUCGAUUGUUCAUGAAAUGCUUUGUCUGUACUUUCACAGCUACCCAUAAAGGUACAUUUAUAACAGCUGUUAAAUCAUGAAUGUGAGCCUGUGGGUAUUAAGAAAUUUAAAGGACCAUACCAGUGUUUUAUCUGAGUUUUCAGCUCCUUAACCACAAAUCAUGUAUAUUUCUCUUGUUUUAAAUUCAGGGUGGACACUUUAGGAUUUAUUUUUUCAAUCGAUUCCAAGAAGCUGUUGGUUUCCAACUAAUUUAUUGUCAUGCUUUACUGAAAUUAAUGUAAAAAAACCAGCUGCCUGGAAUAGUGGUCCAAAAAAACCACUCAAAAAACUAAAACACAAUAGCUUGUUUUACAUACUUGUGAUCAUGUGAAGUGCAUGUGAUUUAAAUGUGCAAAAAUGCAAAAUCACUGAUGUAACCUUUAAAUGUAAAAACCCAGCCUACACAAAGCCAUUAGAUAAACAAUACAUACACUUCUGUACCAGUCAAAAGGAAUUAAUCAAUGUGAGACCAGUGGUCUAUUUUUCUGUUGCGGGAAAGAUAACGGACAUUGUUGUGUGUUUCAGUGUGUCCAUUAAUGUAACCAUGUAUGUAUAAAUGACAUUAAAAGAGCAGGGCCUCCUCCUCGACCAGUUGUGA